AUGAUAGGUGGGUGGUGCCUGCCGUCCAGGCCAAGAGUGCCGCCCACACCCUCAGUGCCUUGCUGGGCCACCACUGCCCCCCUGCUGGACCCCCCUGCAGCCAUCACCAAGGAGACACUGCUGAGCCUGGUGUAUGUCCAGCGGGCACACUGGCGCUGCUUCCAGUACCAGGGGUCCUUAUGCCAGCAGGAGGUGCGGGGCGAGGCUGACCCCAGCACCUUCACCCCGAGCCUCUCCUUCCAAGGCCUGGUGGGUGUCUGGCCCUUACGCCUCCAGACCAGAGACACCAUGCAGCUCCUGACACCACAGACACAGCAGCUCAGGGAGAGGAUUGGUGAGAAACUGCUGCAGCUGAGGAGGGAAGAGGCCGUGGUGCUGAGUGAGUCUCCGAGGCUGUGUCUGGUGUGUGACGAGCAGGUGGAGCAACACGCAGCCUUACGGAAGGGGAACAUCCAGAGCAGCCAGAGUGCAUCCAGUGGGUGUGGGAGAUGCUGGGGCGUGCCGGGGUGCUGGGACGAGGCCAGCGGCUGCAGAGUGGCAUGGGUGACACAGAGGCUCUCACUCAGGUGGUGUUGCCCGUGGCCUACCAGUUCAACCCACAGCUGGUCCUGGUCACUGCCAGCCUUGAUGUUGGUGCAGGGACCCACUUGGAGGUUGCCGCGUGAGUCCCGAUUGCUUUGAACAUAUGAUGGCCUUUCUGUCUGGCCUGGCCAAGGGCCGCAUGGUUCUGGCACUGGAGGGCGGCUUCAGCCUCAACACCAUCAGCUACUGCAUGACGCUGUGUGCCAAGGCCUUGCUGGGGGAUCCGCUGCCCCCCCUUGAGCCCCAGCUGGUGCCCAACAAGAGUGCCGUGCAGACCAUCAGUGACGUCAGCCGUACCCACAGCCGCUACUGGCCGGCGCUCUGCUUCAAGAAAGAAGAAGCAGAAGAAGAAGAAAAGGAAGAGGAGGAGAGGGUAUAUGUGUGUGUGUGUGUGUGUGUGUGUGUGUGUGUGUGUGUGUGUGUGUGUUAUAUGGACAGAAUUUAAACUGAUUUCUUUCAACAUAUAUUUUAUUAUUAUUAUUGAAAGACAAACUUCUCUUCUUCACUUCCUCCUUCUUCUUCUUCUCUUUCAUCUUCUUCUUCUUCAUCUUUUGUCGGGGUUCUGAUAGGAAGAGAAAUAAUAAAAAU